AUGUCAUGUGGGAAGAAGGACGAAGAGGGAGAAGAGGAGGAGGAGGGUGCAACACCGUCAGCGGUAGGGGCUGCACCUGGAGCUCCUGGAACUCCUGCAGCAGAAGGAGCUGCUCCGGGAGCCGCUCCGGAAGGCGCUCCAGGAGCCGCCCCAGGAGCCGCUCCAGGAGCACCUGAAGCUGGUGCAGCAUCGUCCUCAUCGUCAGUUUCGGCCGCGAAAGGACCGGGUAAAGAAGAGGAGAAGAAGGAAGAGGGAGAGAAGAAGGAGGGGGAGGAGAAGAAGGAGGAAGAGAAGGUAGAAGGAAAAGAAGAGAAGAAGGAAGAAAAGAAGGAGGAAAAGAAAGAGCAAAAGAAAGAAGAAAAGGAGGAAGGAUCAGAAAGUAGUUCCGCGGCUAAGAAGAAGGGAAAGGAUAAGAAAAAGAAGAAGAAGUCGAAAAAGAAGAGUAAAAAGAGUAAAUCUAAAAAGUCAAAGAAAGGCAAGAAAAAGAUGAAAGAACAGCCAGCCAAAGAUGCGGCAGCCAAGGCUGAUGAAAUCAAGAACGAUGAAAAGAAAGAGGAGAAAGAGAAAGAGGUAAGAAAAUUGUAAGA